UUUGUAUUAGGCUCCUGUCUCUUUUUCUCUCUCUCUAACACACACACACACACAGCUUCCAUUGAUUCUUCUACUUCUUCGAACUCAAAGAAAUCUCAAACAUCGUUCUUCUCCUCUCUAACAAAAAAAUGUUCACAGAAGGAUUAGAUGAAACCGCACUCCAAUGGAUCAACAAGCAGGUAUCACAACAACAAGUACAAGUUGAAGAAUGCACCACACGCUCUCCUCUAACUGAUAAAAAAUCACCACUCCCCAGAUCACCACUUUUCGCUUCCAAUAAUAACCUCACUCCUAAAUCUCCUUCUUUACCUCCUUUGAAAUUCAACUCUUCUUUGCUUCCUCGUAUUAACCUCGCAUUCGGAUUCAAUCAUAAUGAUAGUGUCAGUGAUGAUGAUGAUGAUGAUGAUGAUGAUGAGAGUGUUGAUUCAUUAUCCUGUCCUGCUGCUGAAACCGAUGAUGAAAACGAAGAAGAUCAAAGAAUACUUGACAAUUUGGAUACUCCAAUUGCACAGUGUUACGAUGAGGAACAAUUAUUUGGAUUUGGUAAUGGAACAAAAUAUAAAACCCUCAAACCUAGUGGAAUUUUGAGGAAGGGUUUGGUAAAUGAGACUUUAAUAAUUCAAGUUCCGAAUAGUGUUAAUGCUAGGAGAUUUACAGAUGGAGAAUUAGGUUUUAACAAAUGUGUUCAGAAGAAAAUGACUCCAUGUGGAAGUGAAAUUGGUACUGCUGGAAGAGGGGUUCGGUUUCAAAAUACGAGUAAUUUGAAUGAUUCUGUUGAUUUGGCUACUCCAAGUGCUCCUCCAAUCUUUAUUGAUGGUGAAGGAGGAGAAGGUGAUGUUCAUUAUUCAGAAGGAUCGGUGGCGAAUGAAGUCGAUGAAAUGACUCAGCAGGAUAGGAGAUCUUGGCAAUCUAGAGAUUCUGUGAAUUGUGAUGAUGGCGGAGGAAGAAGUGAGUGUUCAAUUGAACAAAAGCCUAAUACUGUUGCUGAAAGUCAGGAAACAACUUCUACCCAGGGCAUGGAAAGGCAGGCUCCUCCUCCACACUUACAAUAUCUCAACAACAGCAGUUGCAGUAGUCAAGAUGCCUGGCAAACCCUUAUCACUUAUGACGCCUGCAUUCGUUUAUGCCUGCAAGCAUGGGCAAGAGGCUGUACUGAGGCCCCGGAGUUUCUAAAGGAUGAGUGUCUGGCUCUUCGAAGUGCCUUUGGGUUACAUGAGUUCUUGUUGCAACCUCGAGGUAUAAAGCCAACUGAAGGAAGUACAAGGAAUUCAGAACAAACAGUGCCUCUCAAGACGAAGAAGGUUGUGGGGAAAAUAAGAGUGGAAGUGAAGAAACUUCGUAUUAUACAAAGAAGAAAACUGAAGGGCACAUUUUCAAACCGAGGAUCAAUGUAUAAGCAAGCUGGGAUGGAGUACGUCAGGCACGUUUCAUCCAUUGUGAAAAGUGGUAUAAAUUCUAUAAAGUCAGCGUCGUUCUCAGUGACAGAAGAAGAGCCACUGUAUUGUUUGAUCCAACUCAAGAGUGCAACAGAAGAAAAUGAAUCAGAGUCAUGUUCUGCAAUUUUUCUUCGCCCUGGAAGUGGAGAUUAUCAUGAUUUUUUCCCAUUGAGCCAAGGGGAUGCUUUACUUGUAGAAGUCCAAGAUUCUAAGAAGGGAGUCCAUGGUGAAGCCAGGAUUCCAAUUUCAUACCUUAAUGAUAAUCCUAAUGACAGAAUUCGGUGGUGGGAAAUAAAUCAUGAUGAUAAUGAAUGUGUUGGCAAGAUCCAGCUCUCAAUUGGAAGUACAAUGACAAGUGGUGACAACAAUCAUAUAAAGAGUGCUCCUGUUGUGGAAACUCAAGCUUAUGAUGUAUUGUUGGAGGGUGCGAUGCGUUCACAGUGUUUUCACUCCCGAAACUUGCGGCUAAAUGGGCCAUGGAAAUGGUUGUUGGAUGCAUUUGCUGACUACUAUGGAGUUUCCGAUUCAUAUGCUAAAUUGAGAUAUCUAUUACAGGUCAUGAAUGUAGCAACUCCAACAAAGGACUGCCUGGAGCUUGUGAAAGAGUUGCUUGAUCCCCUAAUGAAGGCCAGAAGUGAGAGAAGUCUGACUAGGCAAGAGAGAAGUAUACUUUUGGAUUGUGAAACACAAAUUGAAAGACUACUAGCGACUGUUUUUGAGAAUUACAAAUCCCUUGAUGAAAACUCGCCAACAGGUCUAACCGAUCAUUUUGGUCUAGCAUCUCAUUCAGCAGCACCAGCUUUACAUCCUGCUCUACAGGUCUACAGUAUUCUUCAUGAUAUUCUAUCUUCAGAUGCCCAAACUAUUCUACAGAACUAUCUGCAGACUGCAGCAAGAAAAAGGUGUAGAAAACACAUGAUGGAGACUGAUGAAUUUGUGUCGGGUGCCUCUGAAAGUUACCAAAUGGACAGCAUUACCAUCGCAACGGCAUACCUGAAGAUAAAAAACCUUUGUAUUUCCAUAAGAAAUGAAAUUCAGGCAGACAUAAAGAUCAACAACCAUAAUACAAUCCAUGGUCAGCAUAUUUUUCCCAGUUCAAUUGACCUGGCAAACAUCACAGCAGCCAUUUAUAGCACAGAGCUGUGUAAAAGGCUGAGAACUUUCCUUUCUGCAUGGCCACCAUCAAGUCCACAGCCACAUGUGAAUGAGCUUCUAGUGGCAACUGCAGACUUUGAACGCGAUCUCGAGUCAUGGAAUAUAAGUUCUGUGCAGGGAGGUGUAGACUCCAGAAAUUUGUUUCACAAUUACAUCAUGGUUUGGAUUCAGGAUAUGCAACUUAUUUUGUUUGAUCUUUGUAAAGCAGAAAAGGUUCCAUGGGCUGGAGUCACCACAAACCAUUCCACUUCACCAUUUGCUGAGAAAAUGUAUGAGAACAUUAAAGACAACUUGAUCCAGUAUGAAGUGGUAAUCAAUAGAUGGCCUCAAUACUCCUUGUAUUUGGAAAAUGCUGUGGCAAAUAUUGAAAGGGCAAUUGUGAAAUCGCUUGAAAAACAAUACAGUGAGAUCUUAACUCCUUUGAAAGAUAGCAUACCAAAGAGACUUCACUUGCAAGUUCAAAAGCUAGCAAGAAGACAAUCAGCUACAGUUCAGUUGGUUCCUAACCAAUUGGGAAUAUUCUUGAACACCAUCAAGAGGAUACUUGAUGUCCUGCAUUGUAGAGUGGAAGACAUCCUAAAUUCAUGGGCAUCCUGUCUACCUGUCAUGGGAGAUAAGAAGUUGUUUGGAGAGCAAAUGAAUGGAAUCACCGUGUUACUGAGAACCAGAUACAAAACUUAUUUGCAAGCAAUAAUAGGGAAUCUUGUCAACAAUAUUCAAGGUAAUAAGAGCACACGGCUGAAAAAGAUGCUUGAGGAAACAAGAGAAGCAGAUGGAGAAGCAGAAGUUCGUGAAAGAAUGCAGUUGUUGAAUUCACAACUCGCUGACUUCAUUUCCAACCUUCAUGAGGUCUUUACCAGCCAAAUAUUCAUAGCAAUAUGUCGUGGAUUGUGGGACAGAAUGGGACAGAUUGUUUUGAAAUUUCUAGAAGGGAGGAAAGAAAAUAGAAUAUGGUACAAUGGAUCUUGCUAUGCUCUUGGGAUAUUGGAUGACACAUUUGCUUCUCAGAUGCAAAGAUUAAGAGGAAAUGCAUUGCAAGAGAAAGAUAUUGAGCCUCCUCGCUCAGUGAUUGAAGCUCGAUCUAUUCUUUGCAAAGACACAACAAAUGCAGCUGAUCCAUCUACUUACUUCUAUAUAUAGUGUAUAUAUACACUCAUUCAUUCUACAUUGCUUGUUACCUAAUUUUUUACAAAAUAAAAUUUCAUUUUUUAUUUGCAUAUAAAUGUAAUACUAUUUUUUGUGUGAAAAAGUGUUCUCACUUGUAAAGGGAAAAUUAGGGCCGCAAAAGGCUACCCCCAUGGCAUCUGCCAACAAGAAAGAGAUUCUACUAUUACUCUUAGCUCCCAUCAAAUUUCCUUCACGAAGAGUAUGACAAAGAGUCACAUUCCAAUCUCUCACCAACAAUCUCCAUAAGAGUGAUACCCUCUCACUUUUGUAAAGGAAUUUUUGAUAGACUUGAUUGUAUUUUUUUAUUUAUUAUUAAAAAUGUGUAUUGAAUAAA